AAACGAUUUGCCUUUUUGCCCUUGGAUAUUUUUAACGCUGGUUUAAGAUAUAAAGGUGGUCGGAUGCCUGGCAUAAGAGCUACAGAUAGACGUCGACCGCAAAAUAUUUCAUCUACAAGAGAAUUUCAACGCAUUAAACUCUCAUAUAAAGUCGCUAUUGUUGACCAAAGAAAACCUAGAAGCUGCCGUGGUAUGAACAUGGGCCAAAAAAUAAGUGGAGGUGCAAAAUCAGUUAGUCGAAAUGACACACAUUCCAACUUGAAACCAUUAAUACCACGUGAACUUGCUGCGGAUUUCAUAAAGCCUACGCGGUUAGACAUUUUACUGGAUAUGCCUCCUGCAAGUAAAGAGAUUCAAAUUAAACAUUCGUGGAAUUCUGAAGACCGAUCACUAAAUAUAUUUGUAAAAGAAGACGAUAAAUUGACAUUUCAUAGACAUCCUGUGGCUCAAAGUACAGAUUGCAUACGAGGUAAAAUCGGUCUAACAAAAGGCCUACACAUAUGGGAGAUAUAUUGGCCCACAAGGCAAAGAGGUACACACGCUGUAGUAGGAGUAGCCACAGCUGAAGCGCCUUUACAUUCAGUCGGCUACCAAAGCUUAGUAGGUUUGUCAGAUCAGAGCUGGGGUUGGGACUUAGGAAGAAAUAAACUGUAUCACGAUUCAAAAAAUUGUGUAGGAACAACCUAUCCAGCCAUACUUAAAAAUGAUGAAGCUUUUUUAGUCCCAGAUAGAUUUUUAGUUGCUUUGGAUAUGGACGAAGGCACCUUAAGCUUUAUAGUUGAUCAGCAAUACCUCGGAGUUGCGUUUAAGGGACUCAAAGGAAAAAAACUGUAUCCCGUCGUUUCCGCUGUUUGGGGCCAUUGUGAAAUUACCAUGACAUAUGUUGGUGGAUUGGAUCCUGAACCCCUGCCGUUAAUGGAUUUGUGUAGAAGAACCAUUCGCCAGAAAGUAGGACGGAUACAUUUAGAGGAACGCAUUCAGGAACUACAACUUCCUCUGUCCAUGAAGAAGUAUCUACUGUACAAAAAUCGAAGAUAAUACCUUAAUGUAGAUACUUAAGAUAUAAUUUACAAUUAUUGUAAUUUCAUUGUCAAACAGUAUCUUGUAAAACUGCUGAUGUUGCCACUAUUACACGCGUAAGAUCUCCAAAAUUUGGUAUAUUUACAAUAGAGUAAAGCAACGUCAA